UAGAUUUUGUGGCUAGAACAAUCUGGACUCACUUUGAAAGUACAUAGAGUAAAGAACUUUAUAAACCAGAGCAUGGACCGCCGCGGUCCGUGGACCGGAUUUUGUUUUGCUCUGCGGUCGGGAGUGCUGGGAUAGUCAGGAAGAUUUCUUGCCUCUCACCGACAUGGCUCAGGAAAAAAUGGAACUAGAUCUUGAGGCAAACCCCUCUGCUCCCUCCGUGGAAGGGGGAAACCUACGGAGAUCGAACAGCGCUCCUCUGAUUCAAGGAUUAAGUGAUAAUUCACAAGUGUUUCAAAAUGACAUCAUUCAAACUCGAAGAAAUAGCACAACAGUUCUGAAUCGUCGCAGUUUGUUACUACCAUCAUCUCCUAUUCGUAUUUCUAGUAGUCGUCUUCAUCAAAUCAAACUGGAAGAAGGAAUGGACUUGAUCAACAGAGAAACUGUACGUGAAAGAGAAGUGCAAACUGCAAUGCAGAUCAGUCAGUCUUGGGAAGAAAGUCUGAAUCUGAAUGAUAGUGAUGCUGAGAAAUCAUCCUUUCUGAAGCUAAUUGAUUUUGUUCCAGUUUCCCCAGCACCUUCACCCACCAGGGGAAUUGGUAAGCAAUGUUUCUCACCAUCAUUGCAAAGUUUUGUGAGUAGCAGUGGAUUUCCUCCAAGCCCUAUUCCCAGUCCAACAAGACGAUUUACAACCAGAAGAAGCCAUAGUCCCAUCAACUGUAUUAGACCAGGUAUACUUGGAGCAGUGAAAAGAAAAGGCGAAAUGGAAACUGAAGAUCAGCCAAAGAGAUUUUUUAAAGGCAUAACCAAUAUGCUUUAUUCUGAUGUUACACAUCUGUCAGAACUGAAUGUGUGUUUGUCUUCAGAUACCUUUGAUGGAAAUAAUCCCACUGCAGAAUCUUCUGGCAGUUCACCAGCUAAAGUCACUACUACUACUGAUUCUCCCAUAUCUCCUUCUGAAUCCAGCUCUUCAUUUAUGUCAGUAGAUGAACUCAUAUCUAAGUGAAAACCUAUAGGAGACUUACAUUUUCCAAAUGAGAGAAACCAUAUUGGAGUGAACAUAAGUCUAAAAAAUAAAUUCAGUUAUUUCCUU